AGAAGUUUAGAUUUCCUUCACUGUCCCAGUAGCCAUUCUGAAAAAGGUUCAAAAUUAAGGUCUGAAAAUUUGUUGGGAAAUCUUUGAGCAUGAGUUCUUCUGAAGCCCUUUGAAUGGUAAACAAAGGGAUGCCAGUUUCCAUAGCAACAACACCCUUACUGUUCUCCUACUUCCAUUUCAUCUGAGCCAGCCAGUCUACCAGUCUUGCCUGGACCUUGAACAGCUAGUCCAAGUUGUCACUAGGAUCUGUGGUUUGGUCAUAGUAGAUAGGCAGUUAUACCUACAAAGCUUUGAAUGGUUUUGAAUUCUGCUGUGGCAUUCUGAAUUUGUGUCUGCUGUUUAAGUUAGCAAAUAAUUUGUCAUUUUACUGUAUUUUUCAUCCUUUUCCCUCACUGUCCCCUCCAUCCAUCCCACCUGACUCUUUAUGGUCCCCUACUUCCAGCCAAAUAGUGCCCCCAUCUCCUCUUACACGUUAUUAAAUUGCUUCUGUUUUCCUCCCUCUCCCCACACCCUUAACACAGACGUUUAUAUACAUAUAUACGUAUAUAUUUAAAUCUAGGGUCUAUGUACAAGAGAAGACAUUGGAUUUCUUGUAUCCAUUCUCCUGCUUGCAUAAUUUGAUUUUUCUUCAUGGCUGAAUAAAAUUACACUAUAUAUGUGCCACGUAUUCCUUAUCUACUCAUCUGUUGAUAGACAUCUAGGCUGGUUCAGUUUUUAGCUAUGGUGAAUAGUCUAGCGGUAAACAUGGAUAUGAAAGUAUCUUUGCAGUGUGUUGACUUAAUCUCUCAAGUAUAUCUCGAGUGGAAUAACUGGGUUGUGUGGUAGUUCCUUUUUUAGGUUUUUGAGACUCCUCCACACUGACGUCCAUAGUGGCCGUACCAGUUCACAUUGCUACCAGCAGUGUCUUAGGAUCCUCUUUCCUAGGAUACCCAGAAGUAGAAUUGAUUUUUAAUAUUUAUCAUCACUUGGGGCCUUCUUCCAUGGUACACAGAUCUGUACACAUAAGUUUCCUCAAUAGCAGUCAUUUAUCAAUCUGUGUUGAAUUAUUUCUGGUCUUUCCACUUUCGUGAACAGUGUUCAUUGACGAUUUGUGAACCAUAUAUUUCUGCCUUGUGAUAUUUCUGAAAAGAUAGAAGUCAUGGCUGGUCCAGAAAGUGAUAGCCAAUUCCAGUUCACUGGUAUUAAAAAGUAUUUCAACUCUUACACUCUCACAGGUAGAAUGAAUUGUGUACUGGCCACAUAUGGAGGCAUUGCUUUGUUGGUCUUAUACUUCAAGUUAAGGCCUAAAAAAACCCCAGCUGUGAAGGCGACAUAAAUGGAUUUUGAAAUGUCUGACCUCACCUGUUAGUCCCAUGCCUGAAGAAGCUGAUGUCAAUUCAUCAUGUAAUACUCAAUUUGUACAAUAAAUUAUGAACCUGG